AUGCAGUUUUCCGAAGAAACUAAAGAGCGUAUUGGCAAAAUUAUCGAUCUAUCUCGAGUAGCGAUACAUUACGGUUACCUGCCCUUGAUCGUUUAUUUGGGAUACACGUAUAGCGAACCCCAGCCGUCUCUCAUUAGGUAUUGGCAUCCUUAA